AUGGUCAUUCCACCCAUUCAAUCCUUUUAUCAAAAGGCAUCACCUGCCUCUUCCGCCUUCUCCCAGACACUACUAGGAACACCCAUAUCCAAUCAUGCAGACAUGAGCCGGGUGCCGUUGACAGAAACGUGGAAGCCACAAGGCAGUUAUGCCAGAGUCAGCAUUUCCGAACUUCAGCCAGGAAGAGGCAAGGUCCGAUUCAUGGGGAGAAUUGUCAAUAUAUGCCCGGCCAAGCCUGACCAUCAGCCCAGAGCCCUUUCCUCUCUUCCCUCUGGAUUCCAUUUCAUGGUGGUCAAAGACGAUACUGGCGUAGUUGCUAUAAAACUACUCGGCACGCAAUCCGGCCUUAUCAACCUCCGCCUCGGGAACCUGGUCACAGUAUGGACCGGCUUUGUGGCCGAAUACUCAACGGCAGCCACUAUCCAAGUCCCUUUCGUGUCGAUGAUUAUUCCUGUUCACCCAGGCCCGGCUUCGCAAUCAUGCAUCAAGUUUCACCAAGAUGGAAUGGACCCAGAGGAGACGGGUCUGUGUCGAAUCCCUCUGGAAUAUAACACUAGUUCUGCGUUCUCUCAGAUGCCGGGGCUGAUAAGCCUCAGAGCCUUCAUGAAAGGCACUCAUACCAAGGGGAAGCACGAGGAUGAUAUCUUGACAAAUAUCCUUGUCUGUGUCUCAAGCAUUGGCCCUCGCAAGACCAUCAAGGCCAACAACAAACCAAGCACUCUGGAACUGGUUGAGGUUCAUGUCUGUGACGAAACAGGACAUUGUGUUCUCAAACUCUGGAGCGACCAGAUUAUCUCGGCACGCGCAUGGACCGCUGGACAGACCAUCCUACUAAUUACCAACCCAAAACUCUACCCUGCAAAGAAAGUCAACGAAAACCCAGGACUGGGUAUUGCCCUGAACUCGAUAGUGGAUGUGGAUCCCGACUUUCCAGAUGCUCACUGGCUUCGACGAUUGGCUGAAGCUCAAAGAAAGAGAGAGCGGGCAUACACGCCGUUUCCCGUGGGUGUAUGGGACGUCGAACAAGCUAUCAACGGCCCGAACAGGGUACUCUAUACCUUGGCAGACGUGGAUGAGAGGGUGAGAGAGGACGCCAGCGUUGUGUUUACCGGGAAACUCAACGUCCUCAUCCUUGGUGUCAGUAUCUGCGAGAGCCAGAGACAGAACAGACUCUGUUGUUUCGAAUGGCCUUACUCACAGAAACAUUGCCGGUGUGCGAGUUACCCGUGGUACAGUUUUUGUAGGUCGCUGCUGGAGCAUGGUGGUUCGUUCCCCCAAGUUUCCUGGGCGACUGAGCUUCUUGUUAUUUUUGUCGCCUUCAUCGAUGGUUGA